CAGUUUAGAACGACCUUGAGCGGACGGUUUGUUUUGUCGUUAUUAUGAUCCCCAAACAUUGAGCGUGUACUUUGUUUUCGUUUUCGCUUUACACUGAGAGAAUCUGGUUCAUCACUUCUCUCAUAUUUCGUGAUAUCCACAGCGGUGUUUCUUCUUUGGGUGUAUUUCUGGGACACCCGAGGGACCUCGAUCGUACAACCAUGGCACGCUCGAUCUCCUCGAAGCAAAUUUUGAACAACGGCGCCCAUCUGCCCAUCGUAGGAUUCGGCACCUACCGCAUUCGCGACAAAGACUUGAGUCAGCUCCUUCGACCGGUCGUGCAGAGUGGCUACAGAUUAAUAGACACAGCUCCGCUCUACAAGAACGAGCCAGUACUGGCCGCUUUCCUCCGGGACCUACCUCAGUAUGGUCUGCAGCGCAAGGACAUUUUUGUGGCCAGUAAAGUGCCUCCCAUCGAUCACGGAUCGGCGAAAAGCAGAAGCUCCGCGCUGGGCAUCCUCGAGAGACUGAACAUUGACAAGUUGGACUUGCUUCUCCUACACUGGCCUGGUGUCCAGGGCAUGAAACCGAGCGACCCCAAGCAAGCCGAGCUCAGGAAAGAAAGUUGGCUAGAAAUGGAACGCUUGUACAAGGAAGGAAAGCUGAGUGCCAUUGGGGUGUCAAAUUACACCGUGAGGCAUCUACAGGAACUCCUGUCUUAUUGCACCGUGCGACCAACGGUCAACCAGGUUGAGUUCCAUCCCCACUUGGUUCAAGAAGAUCUGCUGAGAUACUGCAAGGAUCACCAGAUUGUCCUUCAAGCCUACUCAUCUCUUGGAGCAGCCAAUGGAGUUUCUGCGAUUCUUAGCGAGCCUGUGAUCGUGGACAUUGCAAACAAGUGCCAGAAGACGCCGGCACAGGUCGUACUUCGGUGGGCUCUGCAACUCGGCAUCGCCGUGAUUCCGAAGUCCACCAAAGCAGAGCGCAUCGAAGAGAACUCCAAGCUUUUCGAUUUUUCCCUGUCCGAAGACCAAAUAGCAUCCAUCUCUGGGCUCAACCAGAACAAACAUUACUGCUGGGACCCUACAGCCAUAAUCUGAAGAACCUGCUCAGCAGCGAGCACUGUACUUUAGUCAAGAUAUAAACACAAUCAAACAAAUGCAAA